UCCUCAGGCCGUUGGACCGAGAUGAUUUGGCGCUUAAGGCCGGGCUGAAGUCAUGUUACACCGAUGACGACCGGCCCAGCCCCUCAGACCUACUCUAUGGGCGCCGGAUGCUCUCGUAGUGCCAGUGUUUCUCUCACCGACGGACGGUCCAGGUACAGCGUACCGACGGAGCCAGUACAGAUGAACCGGAAGGAUGCGGAAAGCCUAAUGGAGGAUGCAGAGGCAGGCGACUUUCUCUUAUAUGAGGAUCUAGACACGAGGAAAAUAUGGCUUGUUGUCAGGACAGAGGAAUGUGCCCGACACUAUAGAAUAUUUGAAAGGAAUGGCAUCUACUCCAUCAACAGACAACCGUUUGGCUAUGUCGACUCGAUCGUCAUAUACUUCAGAAAACACCCUCUCAAUGACGUUUUUCUGAAAAACCAGGUAGAGAUACCUCCAACGAAAAGGAACAGAAAGAGUCGAGAACUUUCCCUGAGGAUAGAAGAAGACCAUGACACAGAGAGCCCCAACGGAAACGGAAAUUGCAUCAUCUUGAACUCACCUAAACCUCCGAGACAUGAGCGCCAUCGAGGCGAAAACAUGAUAGAAAACUCUGUUUGACGGUCUCUCAACAACAUUGACACCUCGUCAACAACUUUGCUGUGAAAUAGAAACAACAACAACAACAAACUUGAGAGGAAAAUCUUGUCAAUGAAGAAGACAUGCAGGAAGCACCAAGGCUUUGGUAAAAGUAAUAUUUAAUGCCAUAAAGUUGCCAAUCUAUAUUUUAUAUCAGCCGUGCCAAGUGAUUUGUUUAUAUCACAGAAAGCAAUAACAUCACCCUAGUUUGUGACAAUGCAUGGUUUUCUGCCACCUGAACUUUUGACUGGCGAGGUGAUAUUUGGCAAUAUAUGAUCUGAACAAACUGAUUGUUUAAAUGUGUACUUGGGAUUUAGUCUGUUCCGAUGAUUGGAUGCUUCAGGAGGACACCAUCUUAAGACGUUAGCGUCAUGGCAGUUUGAAAGGUGUCAUCCCCUUACAUAUCAAAGAUAAGUGAUAUUUAAGUUAUAGAAUCGCAUGAUUAUCAAGUGAGUAUUACAUGUAAAGAUUAUGUUUCUUUUCACGUAACCAGUAUUUUUUUCUUCAUCUGGCUAUGGUUUUGCUCACAAAAUUGUAAGUAGUACAACCAUGUGACUGGCAUGUAUCUACUUCUAAAUGUGGUGAAAGAGAUGUACAUUUUAGACAUUACAUAUGCUGAAGAAAUAUGCAAAAUUGUGCCAACAGUCAAGCUUAAAUUAUCAGUCUUACCAUUUGUUAAUGAUUUUCAAGAAAAGUGUGUUCACAACACAACAGUGCCAGCAUAGCUGGAAUGUUAUUGCCAGUCCUUGUAAAGAACAGAAUCAUCGUAAAGAACGUGCUUUAUUAUAUGAAUAUAUUUUGCAUAUGUGUGUUCAAAACUUGUUAAUGAUCAUUAUGUCAACAAAUCAUACACGUGAAUGCUGAUAUUGUCCAAAUGAAAAUAUCAAUUAAGUUUAUUUCUAAUCAGGCUGGACCUGUUUUUGUGCAAUAAGGACUCCCUAAAGAUGUUAUGUAUAAGUUAAGUCAUUUCAGACCUCAAGUGUUCACGUGUUUAAUCGUACUGCCAAUGCAGCAGCUCAGCGGUAUCAUUGCCACAAGGUCAAUAAAGUUUGUAGAGACAGCCUUGAU